AAUGCAGGGUGAGUUUAUUGGGAUUUGAUUACCCACAUUCUUAGCAAAAGAGCAGGGAUCGGAUAAAGGGUUGGCUUGACUAUUAUUUUUCUGUGCAUUUCUUUUUUAAUGAGAACAAUUAGUUGUGUAAUUUGAAGGAUGGGGGAUCAUUUUGAGCUUCUGGUGGAUCGGUUGCUCACUCAAUCCACCCUUGAAGCUGCUAUUGAGAGCAAAAAACAGUUGCAGCAUGACAUUCUAUCGGCAAGUGAAGAUAUGAUGAAUGGUUUUUCUUCUCAUAGGAUGGAUGCUGAUAGUGGAUCAUCACCGAGGAAAUUGGUUUUGUGUAGAAUUUGCCACAAUGAGGAUGAAGAUUCAAAUAUGGAGAUUCCUUGUUCAUGCUGUGACACUUUAAAGGAAGCACGUAAUGUCUCUCAUUUCGCGUCAAACCAAGAAAAUGAACUACCGCAACUGCAGCCUCCGCUACAUCUCAUUCAUACAUAGUAAUUUCUGCAAGAAAGAGUUGAAAACAGCAGUGCAACUUGUGGUUUUCUAUUAGAUGCAAAAAAAUAGAAGUGAUUGCAAAGGUCCAGAUGGUGAUGUGGAACAUAUGUAGUCUUGCUUCAAAAAUGCUAUGUGUAAUGAGUUGUAAGAUCUGUACUUAUCACUGGCAAAAAAACAAACAAACAAACUUGGCCUGGAUUUGCAGCUUCCUGCAAACAUGAGAAUAUAAAUAACAUAUUGGCAGUUUCUCCUCUUUCCAUAGGUGGCAUUUUUUCCGUUUGUGAAUUGAUUGAAAUUUGCCUGCAGCAAUACUUUCUUUUCCUUGCCUUUUAAUUUUUAAGGCAACUUUUGUAGUGUAAACCCUCAAAAUAUACGAUACAAUGUAGUUGAAAAUGAGUCAAAAUGAACUAAGCUACUCAAGUUAUUUUUAAGGUAAAUUUGUUUUAUAAACAAGCUAAACUUGACAUUUUAAAACUUGUUAAAGUUUUCAAGCUUUGAAAAUGAUCUACUAUUCUAUUUAGUGACUUGAUCAUAUGCGUCACAAUAAAUCAAGCUAUACUUAUCUUGUACUACUAUAUUUAGUAAAUCAUAUGCAUCAUAAUAUAUCAAUCUAUACUCGACCUCAACUCGAGAUCACAUUUUGAAGCUUUUGAGACUUGUUAAGUUUUCAAAUCAAUCUUCGGCAUCCUACUACUCAACUCAUUUACAACACUCAUUACAGAAUUGCACUCUCCCCCAAACCAAACCAAGCCUUAAGUCUCAUCAAAUGGGGUUAGUUGCAUGAAUCAUUUUUCUCCACUCUAUUCAAGGCCAUUUCGUUAGUCAAAUUAAGGAGAUUCAUAAAUCUAUUUACUAUACUAAUCCACAUUAAUUUAGGUCUACCCGUUUCUUCUAACACUACCAUCUACUGCAUCGCAUUUUUUCACUAUUGCCUCUCAUGAUCUGAUCAUCUCUCUUAGUCUAAUCAUCUAAUUCUAUUUGAGAGGCAUAUGCACUAAUAAUGUUCCCUAUUCUCUCCAAUAACUAAUUUAAAUAACAUAAUCCUAUCACAUUUCCUAAUGACUGCAGAUUUUCUAAAAGACUCUUGGCAACUAUUAUUUCUACCUCAUUCUUGUGUCUAUCCUUUCCAUUAUAAAUUCACAUGUAACCAUCAAUUUGCUAAAUGUAGUAGAAAAUAAGCCGCUCACUGUCAAAAAACCACUUCAAUUUGCAAGAGAAAGGGGCAUCCAAUUAAUACAAAUAAACUGCAAAAAUUCUCCAGAUUAAAGCAAAUAUGAAAGCAACAAAAGGGCAACCACACUACAGACCAUAACAACCACUAGUUCCAGGCAUACUACCACUAUUUACUACAGACCAUAACAACCACUACCACUAUUUACUAUACCAAUACCACCAGAUUACCACUUUAUUGGGAGGUUUCUACAGCUGUUGGCACGU